AUGACUGGUGCUUCCUUCGUCUCGGCCCUCACGGCCGGCCUCGCUCUGGCCUCCUCUGUCGCCGCCCUCCCCGCCAACGCCAAGCAGGAGAGAGGCUUCUCCGUCGAGCAGGUCAAGAACCCCCGCUACGUCCGCUCCGGUCCUCUCGCGCUCGCCAAGGCCUACCGCAAGUACAAGGCUCCUCUUCCCGCCGAUCUCGCUGCCGUUGUCCGCAACAUCACCUCUGGCGGCCUCGUCGAGCGCGCUACCGGCAGUGUCGCCGCCAACCCCCAGGAUUACGAUGUUGAGUACCUGAGCCCCGUCCAGAUCGGCACCCCGCCCCAGACCCUCAACCUCGACUUCGACACCGGUUCCUCCGACCUGUGGGUCUUCUCGACCUCCACCCCGGCCAGCGAGCGCAACGGCCAGACCGUGUACGACCCCAGCAAGUCCACCACCGCCUCCCGCCUCUCUGGCGCCACCUGGUCCAUCUCCUACGGUGACGGCUCCAGCUCCAGCGGUAUCGUCUACAAGGACACCGUCACCGUCGGUGGUCUGGCCAUCUCCGGCCAGGCUGUCGAGGCUGCCACCACCGUCUCGGACUCCUUCACCACCGAGAGCGACCUGGAUGGUCUCCUUGGUCUCGGCUUCAGCAACGGCAACACCGUUGGGCCCGUUCAGCAGACAACCUUCUUCGACACUGCCAAGUCCAAGCUGGACUCUUACGUCUUCACUGCUGACCUCAAGCACGGCAAGGCCGGCAAGUACAACUUCGGCUACAUUGACAGCACCGCCUACACCGGAUCCAUCGCCUACGCCUCCGUCAACAGCGAAAACGGAUGGUGGCAGUUUACCUCCCCCGGCUACCAGAUCGGCUCCGCCAGCUAUGUCACCAAGUCCGUCACCGGCAUUGCUGACACCGGCACCACCCUUCUCCUCCUUCCCCAGGCCAUUGUCACCGCCUACUACUCCAAGAUCUCCGGUGCCAAGUACGACUCUUCCCAGGGUGGCUACACUUUCCCCUGCUCUGCCACCAUCCCCUCCUUCACCUUCGGCGUUGGUAGCUCUCGCAUCACCAUCCCCGCAAGCUACUUGAACUACGCUCCCGUCACCGCCAGCAGCUGCUUCGGUGGCCUGCAGAGCAACACCGGCAUUGGCAUCUCCAUCUACGGCGACAUCGCCCUCAAGUCUGCCUUCGUUGUCUUCAACGGCGCCACCAACCAGGUCGGCUGGGCUUCCAAGGCCCUCUAA